CCAACUUUCAAAAAGAUUGUUUACCAUUGUGCUACAGGUUGAAAUUAACCGUCUAUUAUCCAGCAAAUAUGGAUGUUUUAAGAAAACAAUUGGAGUCCUGCUUGAAUAUACUAAAUAGAGGAACCGGAGCAACAAGUCCCACAGGACUAAACUGGUUAAAUGACUUGUGUGCCGCGCUAUUGGAAUUUUCCACGUUGGUCCACAGCUCCUUGUGCUCGCACAAGCAGUCAGAGUCCGCAGAAAUGGUAUGCCUAUGCCUGAGCCAGAUCAUGAUCUGUAUUCGCCAGGUGGAGAGCACCAUGAAGCUGGGAUGCGGCGCCUCAGUUAUGGCCAGCCAUCAGUACUUUCUGGAUCGCAUUAGGUGGUGCCUCAAGCGCCUUAUGCAUCUUUACAGCCCAGGCUCAGAUGCAGGGAUCCCAGAGCGCUCCUUCCUUAAAUUGGUGGACUCUGUUCUGGACACCUUGGCCGUCUUUACUUCCCAAAAUGAGGAAAACACAGAUGCCUUAAACUGUUUUCCUUCUCCAGAGGAGGUCCUGUCCCUCAGCAACGAGAUGCGCGUCUAUAUUGAUCUGAUCUUGGGCCAAUCUCUGGGCUUUGCGAAUGUGGCUCUGUCACAGGACAAAAGAGCUCUUAGUGCGCUUUGCCAAAAGGUAAUUCGCGAGUGCAACGCUUUUCAAGGCGAGUGCAAGCUGCCAGGCUCUGCCUCCUAUCACUCCAAUCUAAAGCUUAAGGCCAUGAAUUUGGAGCAGGCACUGUACCAAUUGGAGGACUUUAUCAACGAUGCCCUGCUGCGGCUGGUUUUCACCUGCUUCCUGGACUUUGAGAAGUUCUCGGUGGACAAAAUACGAACCGUGCUGAGCAACAGCUCCGAAGAUGAUGCAGCGGCCGAUGAGUUAAUUGCUGACUUUGAUGUCAACAUCGAUCGGGCCACCCAGAUCGGCAUAUUUGCCAUUGCCUUUGCUCCGAAUCUGAAAAUGAAAACCAUGAUGCGCAGCUGCCUGGCUUCCUUUGAGUCGCUGGACACCAGCCUGAUACCGUCCCUACAGGCCAACGGCUCUGACUUGCACUCUGACAUUCUGGAGCAGCACUUCAACGAGGAGGUGACCAAAUUUAAGGCUGCCCUUCAAGAGAUCAUCGAUAGCCGCGCCCUGCUUGGCUGCUAUCUGGAGCUUCUAUCCGCAGGGAUAGCAUCAAACGAAAAGGUGUGCGAUAAGGAGCGAUUGCAGGACCUGGCCGAAAUGUCUAUGCUGCUGUUCGAACACUUUCACCUGGACACCAACCGAAAGGUGCUUACGGAAACGAAGAACCAGGUGGGUGAGGAGUACCUGCAACAGUUCGUCCGCAUAUUGCGGGAGUGCAAGGCCAUUCUCAUGUGCGCAUCCCAGGUGGAACCGCAGCGAAUUAUCAAACGUUUCAAGAUCCUGCGCUCGAUCUUGCGCAAGCUGCACGGCUGCCUCGGAGUGGGAAAGCGAGAUGAAAAUGAACCUACGCACCAAAUGGGAAAGCACAUGGUGGAGGAUGUGACAGAUGGACACGAGACAAAUGAUAAUUUAGACAACUUUACUGGCCUGACCACGGGUCGAAGCAACAGCAUUCUCUACGACACUGGGCGUAGAAGUCGAGUGAUUAGAAACCAGGACAGCAAACAGACAACGGAGGCCCUGAAAACUAAGCCUGGUUUACUGAAAAGGGAAAGCCUGCGGACUGUCAUGUUCAAACGUCAAAAUAUAGCCGAGAGCAGAAGGCUCUACAACACGAUCUGCAACCAAUCGGCAGAUCUGGAAAUCACAGAUAUACUAGAUCAACUUACGGGAAUGUCCAAUGGUUACUUUGAAUGCUGAAACCCUCUAGUUAGUAUUAAUCUUUAUGUAUUAUUAAGAUGCACAGGACAAGUAUUCAAAAUUAACGUUCAUCCCUGAUGAAAUGCCAUAGGUCAGGCACACAUAUACGUAAUAGUGACAUACAUACCGACAUGUAUGCUUGGUUUAAUGGUGGUUGAAAGUGUUCUCUGUCCGCAACAGUUUCGACUGUUGUAAAAGUAUAGAAAUAAGGUCAAUAAAAAAUACUUAGUAUCAA